AACGCAGGUGCUCGAGAGUUCGUUGCUAAAGAGUUUGUGUAAACAGUUUCAGUUUCAUUUUUGGAAUUAAUGUUUAUAGGUGGUAAACGAAUAAAAGCUUAAUCUGUUUUACAAACACCUCACUACUCUUAAUCAUGGAGAGGUUUAGCCAAGACAUGCCUUUAUUGGAAGGUGAUGAUUUCUUCAAGAACCUUGAUAUGAUGGAACAGGAUUUCUUAAUUGAAGGGGACAUUCAAGAUUAUGAUGAAGAUGGGGAGAUGGAGUUACCAUCAGAAGAAGAUGAAACCAUUGUUGAGUCCCCAGACUAUCCUGACACACCAGAUGAGAGGCUGUCCAAGCAGGAGCAGCUGCGUAUGAUGCACCUGAGGAGUCACCUGAACCAGAUCACAGAGAAAGUGAAACACCAUCAGUACAUGACCGACAAAACUAGGGAUGAGCUGAAGCAAUGUCGAAGCAAGAUCAUGGAACUGGAGGCCGAGAGGAAUGAAACUAGAGACGAACUGCAGAACCAGACCAGCGAUGGAAACCAGUCAGCAAUUUAUCGUUUGCGGGCCACACAUGAUCGUCUCAGUCAGGAGAUUCUAGAUGAACGACAGAUUGAGAAACUGAUCCUGGAACGACUGGAGAAGGAAGAGUAUGAGUUGAACAAGGUGGAGGUAGAGAGAGGUAAGUUCCUGCUGGCGGAGGACGAACUCGUAAAAAGGGAAGAUCGACUGGCCAAGGAGAAGACGGACCUUGCCAUACGACGCCUCAGAAAGGAAGAGAAAAAGGCUGCGCAGGCUGAAAGAAACCUCCGCAACCAGCACAGAACGCACUAUGAGAUCAUGAGAGAGAAACAGAGACUCCAGGACCAGCUGGCAGAGAACGCCAAACAGAGCAGUGAGAAACACAGCAAGUUUGUCUCUGACACCAUGCACAAGUUAAAACAGCGUCAAGAAGAGGAGAACAAGCGAUACCAGGAAAACAUGACCAAGAAAAUGGACAUGCUGCUUAAACUGAAGAGUGACAUACAAGCAAACCGGGACAAUCUAAAGGCGUUGAGGGCCCGAGACAAGGCGGCCGAGAGACGUGAAGAGGAGAAGCUGGAACAGGUGCGGCAGAAGAUCCUGGAGGAGGGAGGCAACCCUGACCAGAUACUCCUCAUUCAGAAACGCAUCAGCGAUGUACAGAGACAGAAGAGCAACUUUGAGUCUGAGCAGCGUGAGAAGCAGGCAGCCCUCAUGGAGAAGAUACUGAUAGAGGAGGAAAGGAUGAAACGACGCAAACAGCAGCAGCCCCUCCUUUGGGCGGACCCAAACAGGGAAAAAACUAAGAUGAUUGGUCCACAAAAGAAGAAGCCCCUGAAGACGUUCCAGGAGUAUACAAGACUGACUGGAGAGGGCACUGAUCUCUCCAUUGACCUGCACGACUCCAUGGAUGAUCAGGAGAAGUAUGAUGGUGAGAAGAUGCAAGGAGAAGAUAGGGGCGAUAUCACACUUCCUGAGCAGCCUGUGAGAGAUGAACAGAGCUCUGAUUCCAGCGAUGGGGAUGACAAUGAUGAGAAUGCAGUGGACCUGGCGAAGCCCGAGUUUGAAGGCCUCUGGGACCACCACAAACCCUACACCAUGCCCAAAGACCUGGAUGCUUCACCCCUCAAACUGCCCGGAGCCUCUAAAAUGGACAAGGCUAUCAUGGAUGAAGUGCUGGAGAAACAUAGGGCCGGGAUUGUAAUCAAGCAGGUUGCAGCAGGCAGAGAGUUCAAGGGCUGUCCCUUCUACAGCAAGCCUGAUGUCAUACACUUUAAGGACUUUGAUGUGGGUAAAACGUAUAAGAAGAAGGUGACGCUGACCAAUGUGUCAUACACUGUCAACUAUUGCAAGUACAUAGACAUCACUGAGCGACUCAAAGACUUCAUCAACAUUCAUUUUGAUCCCCCCGGCCAGAUGUCUGCCGGCCUGACCUGUGAGGUUCUGGUGACGUUCAAGCCCAUGAUCAAUGAGGAUCUGGAGGGUGAAGUGAAGUUCCUGUCCCAGACUGGACCCUUUUCCAUACCCCUCAAGUGUACCACCAAGAAGUGUGACUUGUCAGUUGACACAGAUGUGAUCCAGUUUGGCACAACAGUCAUUGAUGAGACUCUCAAAAGGACCUUCACCCUCACCAACAAGGGAGCUCUGGGCACCACCUUUGAGUUCUUCAAGGUCACAGGAUCCAAAGCAAAGACUGCUACCAGUGCGCAGACUUCGUUGGGACGAAUGACAGAGGAUGUGACAACCAGCCAAGCUGUGACCCCAGCCCAGGACGGAGAGGACAGAACCAAGAAGGAGGCGCAGGAUCAGCCAGAGAAAGGAGAAAUGAAACCAGACAAUGGUGUUGCUAUGGAUACAGAAGGACAGACUGGGGAGGAAGGUCAACAGGAGGCAGAUGUUCCAGAUCAAGCAGAUGGUAUUGAGGGCGGGCUGUCUCCAGACAUUCAAGUGAGUGAGUAUGACGACUAUGGCACCCUGGACGGGAUGAAAGUGGGUCCAAUAUCCACGGGAGAAAUCCCCCCAUUCUCCUCAACAAAGCUCGAGAUCAUUUGGAAUCCCUCUGUGCCCGGGAAGGCUGACGUUGAGUUUCUUGUCAGGUUCACUGAUCCACUGUCAGAAAGUAUCUCCAUUCGAGCGCUGGGUUCAGCCAUUGAUGUGCCAGUGUGGGUGGAGAGACAGAGUGUGGACCUGAAGAUAUGCCUGCUGGACAGGCUCUACCAGGACACUAUCAUUGUCAACAAUAGGGCAACGACUGCUCUCCGGUUGAAGUUUGAGGUGUGUAAGGAGCUGAGGAACCACUUAGAGCUGCUACCCAAGACUGGCUACAUCCAGGCACAGUCACAGUUCUCAGCACAGCUCAAGUUCCUGCCCAGAGCCAGCCUGUUUGAGGAAGGUGGUCGUUACUUUGACAAGGAGACUGGGGUCUUGGAGGCACCUAUGACCAUCAGGGUGGCUGACCAGACUGCCCCAGUACCGUUCACAGUGUCCGCAGUGGUGACCAAUUCAGACAUGGAGUUUGAUGUACAAGAUAUAGACUUUGGCUGCUGUACCAUCUACGAGUCCAACAAGACCACCAUCAAGCUCACCAACAAGUCUAUUCUGCCUCAAGAGUUUGGCUUUGUGGGGCACCCUGAUUAUGUGGAAGUGCAGCCCAAUGAUGGCUUUGGCACUCUGCUGCCCCUGGAAACCAUUGAGCUCGAUGUGAUAUUUAGUCCCAAGAAGGCUCGAGACUUCAAGUUUGAGCUCAACUGCAAAUCUAUCAUCAACAGAGAGUUCAAGAUCCAGUGCAAGGGUGUGGGUGUGUAUCCCCCUCUAGAGCUGUCCAAUCAGGUGAUCCACUUUGCUGCCACCUCCCUGUACGAUGUGUCCACUGCGUCCCUUCACGUUGUUAACUCACACACCAGCAUGAACGAGUUCACUCACCCUGUGCCCAGGAUCGGAAAAGGUGAAAUUGCCCCAGUGGGCCCAACCUCCUUUGAGUUUGUGGUCCCUAAAGGGGCCCCAGUGACCAUCUCACCAUCAGUGGGAACCAUCCAACCAGGGGAGAAAUGUCGGGUGGAGGUGCGUUUUGCUCCAACACUUAAUGAGGCAGAUGUCGUCAAGGAGGCGAUCCGCAUGGCAACGCGGCAGAUGGAGCUGCAAGCAGAGAAGGAGUACCAGGAGGCAAUGAAACGCCAGAAGGAGGCUGAAGAAUCACUGAAUCCAAAGUUUAAAGUGAAAAGGAACGUCAAGAAGUCCGCCCCUGCAGCUGGGGGCAAGAAGGGAGCCCCUGCAGCAGCUAAAGGGGCCCCUACCAAGGGUAAGGCGACCCCUGGGAACACCAUGCUCACUGUCAGUGGCCCAAGUCCAGUCAGCCCACCCAAACCUGAGGAUAUCACAAAAGAUUCCACUGCGUAUGCGUCUGCAGUUGGUUCCCUGUUGAGGCACUUCCGGGGCAAGUUCCAGUCCCUCACAGUUCCCUGCUAUGUGGCAUCAGGGGAGACAACCAACCCAGGAGAGCUGCCAUACAGCAUUCACAACACUCUGUAUGUGGAGCUACAUUGCCCGACCGUGAAGCCAUCACUGGUGGUGAUAUCCGACAGUGGAAAAACAACUACACAUUUCGGUGAUGUGUCGCUCGGUCAGAACAUUUUCAAAUCGGUCACCAUUCAGAAUAUCUCCAGUAAAACAGUCGAGCUGUCCUCCAGUGUGCUGGACACCAAUGGUCCAUUCCAAGUGGUGAAUGCGUUCAGAGUGCUCCCCCCUGACGCCACUCACACCAUGCUGCUGUCCUUCACCCCCAGCGCAGGACGCGUGUUCCAGGAAGUGUUGAGUGUCCACUGUGAGACUGGUAGUCUGCACGUGACCCUCAUGGGCAAGGGGGUCAGUCCCCUGGUCAGUCUGUCCCCUAACGUGGCGGAGAACGGGGUCAUGGACAUGGGAUCGGUCCUGGCAGGGGAGUACCUCGAGAAGACAUUCAAGAUGCAGAAUACCUCUUCCCUGUCCAUCAAGUAUUCCAUCAAACUGGAGAGUCUGUCUCUGCUACGGCACGCACACGCUCAAGAACUGCCGAAAUUCCUCGCUGGAAAAUCUAACACGCUAGUCGGUGUGCAGAACAACAAUGGUCAUAACGUGUUUGACCUUGUGCCCGCUGAAGGUUGCAUUGAACCAGGUGGGAGCGUGGAGAUUACCGCGACAUUCUCACCGGACCACGCCAGUGACCUGUAUUCUGAUGGCGUUAAAAUUGAGCUCUUUGGAAAGGAGGAGUCUCAGUCGUUCCAGAUCAAGGGUACUGGCAAGUCAAAGAUCAUGUUCAUAGAAGGAGGUGACCCUUUGAAACCUGACCUGGAGUCCCUUGCUGUGAAACUUACACCACAUAUCGAGGAAGAAGAUUUGAAGCUGAUAUUGCCGCCUGUGCUGGUGACCUUGAGAAGUACGGCGCUGGAGGACAGCUUUGUCCCUGCCACCCGUGACAUCUAUGUCGGCUGUGUCCGGACCAUGGCUGUCAGUCAGAAAAAGGAGCUGAAACCUGGCUACAGGAAUGGAGAGUUUACAUUUGAGAACAUCCAGUCCAUUACUCAGAAAGGGUUCAACAUUGAUCCACAAAAGGGCAUGGUGGAAGCCGGAGUCCUGAAGCCUGUCACCAUCACUUGGACCCCUCCACAAGGGUUCAUUCAAAAUGAGGUGUGUGAGACCAGUGUGGUUGUGACACUUAAGGGGGAUGUGGCGGAGCAGUUUAGAAUUCUGCUGAGAGCAAUGGUUGUCUCCAAGUAACACCUGACAGCAUCGCGUUUAACUGGGCAAUGGAAUCUGAUACCAACAGAAUGAUGUUACCUAUGAACUUAAUGCGUGGAUGAUAUACUAUGUGGAUUGUGUAUAAAUAUUUUAGCAAAUAAUACAUUACAUAUCUACAUGUACUUAUGGUUUUAAUGAAAUUAAUUUAUUGUUUACAAUGUGCAGAAGGUUUACAAAUGUUCCCUUUAAUAUAAAUAUAUAUAAUCAAUUCAAUGAGAUAUUUUCUCUUUAAAAUACCAUACAAUAUAUAUGAUUGUAAGGAAUAAAUAAAAACCAUGUGUGAUUAAUUAUAAUUUGUUCUCAUAUGUAUGAGAAAAACAAUCAUUUUAUGUUAUUAAAAGAUGAAAUGUCCCAUUGAAAUGUUUCUUUUUCAACAAAAUAUCAUAAACAUGUAAUGUCAAUUGGUAACAUCUGUUUGAUACUUCAAUGAUGUUUAGAAAAUAUAACAUCAAAAUAAAUAAUUACUUGUAUCUUACUAAGAAUAUGAAAAUAGGUUUUCCGUGUGUGAAAAAAUUAAACAUCAUAUAAGUGAAAGAUUGUUGUGGAAGUCUUGAUCUUAGAAACACUGUCUGUACAAGUGAAUAUGAUUAUCAGUUUUGCAUUUGUGUACUUAAGUGGUCUGUGAUAUGACAUUUUUGCUAUGUUAAUGAAUACUAAACAUAUUGAUAUUUUUUUUUAAUUAAAAGUUGAAAAUA